AUGGGCGCAACUGAAAUGGUGGCAAAGUGGAUCGUUGAUACAACGUAUGAAGACAUACCGCCGGACGCGAUCCGCGUAGCCAACGAGUCCUGCUUCGAUCUGGUCGGCGUUAUCUUGGCCGGCUCGACACAGAAGGUGGGCGACAUCAUCCGCAGCUAUGCCGGGGACCUCGGCGGCAACGAAGAAGCGACCAUCCUCGCCACCGGCGAGCGCACCUCCGUGUUGAACGCCGCCCUGGUCAACGGCACCAUGGGACACGCCUUAGACUAUGACGACUUCGGCGGUUUCGGGCACCCCACCGUUGCGAUUUUCCCCGCCUUGAUGGCCCUGGGCGAGAGCAUCGGCGCCACCGGCCGCGACCUGAUGGAAGCCUACGUCGUGGGUUGUGAGGUUGGGUUGGCGGUCGAUUACGCCACCCACUACCACACCCAUCAGAUGCACCGCGGCUUCCACAGUACGGCCAUCUUGGGUCGUCUGGCCGCAGCGGCGGCCUGUGCCAAGUUGCUCAAGCUGGACGAGCAGCAGACCACCAUGGCGCUGGGUAUGGCCGGUUCCAUGGCCGGCGGUGUGAUCCACAACUUCGGCACCAUGACCAAGCCAUUGCAUGCCGGGAUGACCUGCCGGGACGGCGUCAUGGCCGCCCAGUUGGCGCAGCGCGGUUUCACCGCCGGCGACCAGAUCCUUGAGCAUCCCGUCGGCUUCACCGCCACCGUCAUCGGCGACGAGGACACCGACCUUUCAGCCGCGGCGGAUAAACUGGGCAAGCCGUUUCGCGUUCAGGAUGCUUUGAUGAUCAAGAAGUACCCGUCCUGCGGCGGCAACCACGCCAUGCUGGAUAGCGUUUUCGGCCUGAUGCGGGAGUACGAGUUUGGCUACGAAGACGUCGCCAACGCCGAGGUGGUGCAGUCUUACGCCUCCACGGUGAUGCUGUACGAAGAACCCGAAACCGACCUUAAGGGCAAGUUCAGCGCCAAGUACAACAUGGCCGCCGCUCUGGUCGACGGCGAGAUCGGUAUCGACACGUUCACCGAUGAGAAGAUCGCGGAGAGCGAUGUCCAGGACAUGAUGGACCGUGUCCGGUUGCGCGUUCAAUCCAAGUGGGAACUGGGCGGCAGCGAGGUCUCCAAGGGCGUUCCGAUCCGCAUCACCCUGAAGGACGGGCGCGUCAUCGAGCACGAGACCCCGCGCGGCGAGAUCCUGGGCAGCCAAGUGAAUCCGUGGGGGAUGGACAAUAUCACCGGCAAGUUCCGCGAGAACGUCGGCCUGGUCCUGUCCGACGAUCGCGUCGACGACGCUGUACGCCAAUGGCAGGACGUGACCCGAGUCAGCGACGUCGGAGAGGCGAUCCGGGGAACGCUGGUGCGUUAG